AUUGCCUUUGUACCUUGUUGAGGUUUGUGUCUUUAAUGUUGUUUAUUAACAUUUCUACGUUGUUUAAAGUCCCUUCAAGAUUUCGUCUUUUCAAACGUUGAAUUGAGCACAGAUGGAUGUACAUUUAAUCAUGCUUUCACAAUACAAUGUGUCAAACGGCAAUGUGAUGUAGGCCUGUCUAUUUUAUUGUUGGCCACUUAGCCAUGGCUCUUUGAAAGCAACAAGAUUUGCCUAGCUUUUGAGCUAAGACUACGCAAUCUAUGCAUAUUUCGCUUGAAACUAGCGUCAUUUUUAACUUGUUUUGACGCAAGAAAUAGAUAGUUACGUCCUACUAAAAAUCCAAGGCCUGGUUAAAAUGGUUCGAUUUCACUGAUAAACCAAUGAAUAUUAUUCAAAAGUUUUCAACCAGUAAUUGAAAAGCAUAUGAUAAAUUGUUCAUAAUGCGUUUUGUUAUUUUUUAAAAUUAAAAUUGCAUGUUGAACUCCGCAUAUUUUUCACUCUAUUUAAUAAACAUGAUUGUCUGUUAUAUAAUAAGGCACAAACUAUAAAAAAUAUCGAUCAAAUAGCACAUUCCACGUGCACGAAGAACAAACAUUUUGGAACAUAGGCAAACUAACGAUUACCCAAUUGUGUACUGUGUCUGAAAUCUAGAUCUCCUUAGCAUGAAAAAUAUCGUUGGCUUUCGUUUAUUCUGAGGUGUUUUUUUUUGUCAUAGCAACACUUUGAAUUACGCAUUUUUUUCUUUUUAAUUUCAACAUGUCAAUUGCUUUAUUAAAUUAUAUCUUAUGUUUGACUAAAUUUGAAUGCAAAAACUUCAGUCUUUAAUGCGUUAACGAGACUUGUGCCAUGUUUACAAGGGUACUGAUACAUAAAGUGUGACAGUUAAAAUUUGAUUAGAUAUGGAAGUAAUUUGUGACCACAAUUAACAAUAUUUGAGAUAUUCUUUCUAACGUUUUGUCACUUGACUUUUUUAAAUUAGUUCUGCAUCUUCCUUGAUACAGUCCGUAAUUAAAAGCAAGGCACAAGCUUUGUAUGAGUUCUGUAUAUCGCUUGUAACUCGAUGUCUGACAUUUAAGGAAAUUUUGGCUGGCCGUGCAUUUAGAAUUACAUAUCUUAUCAAUUUUAAACAUUAUAAAAUUUGAAAAUUUUUAGCCGAAUCGUUCCCAUGUCCCGUUCAUAGAUCAGCUUGAAGAAAGAAUAAGUUGACAGCUCUUAGAUAACUUUAUUUCAUUUAAAUGCAAGCCGUAUUUUUUUUUAAUCUCGUAAGCUACCAAACAUUAUUAUAGCUUCCCCCGAAUUUCAAGUAACACAACUGCUUUUGUAUAGACAUGGGAAUCCAAUAUCAAUGACUAAAAAAAUUAUGUGACUAUAACAAAAUUAAGUUUCCCAACCUCAAUUCAUGCAAUAUCUAGUCACAGACAAAUUAUGGCCUCUGUCUAUUGUCUGGUUUUAUAGUAAACGAAGAAUGGAACACAUAUUCCGUGAACUUCCUUUGAUUAAAAUAAUACAAUAAUAGACUCUUCUAGACUUUUCUUCUAUUGCAUGAUACAUUACAUGUACCAUAAAUCACGAUGAAUUCCGAGAGGCAAUCAAUCCGAUGUCGUGUGGGUCUCAAGAAUAUGACCAGUAACAUGAAUUACAUGGUUUUCUAAAGAGAUGAUAACUGAGUAAUUUAUUUUCCAAAUGUGUUAAUUUGCCUCUCAAGUUUAUGACGCCAAAUUUCGGGUUUCAAAUAUAAAUUGAACAUCAUAUUUCUUAUGACAUUUAGAUAUUUUUCAUUUCAUUAGACAUGCUUUUAAACUAUGUUCAAGUGCAGUUGAAAAACAAUUUAUGAAAACGGUCCUUCCAUCAUUGCAAUUUUACAUGCAUAAAACUGAUCUCAAUGAUCACGAAUAAAUGAUGUUUUCUAGCUUUUAUCCGUUAUGGGACAGUAAAGAGUAAAAAAAAACCCAAUAAAACAGUUAGAGAAGAUGGAGUAUGUGUUACAUUUUCUAAAAAGAUUUCAACUAUAAAAAUGCUAGUUUUAUCCAUACUAGAGGUGAUUUCACCGGUAUUACAAUUUUUUAUUCUUGAUUACAUGACACAAUGAUGCAGCAUUGUCAAACUUAAUUUCCUGAACAAUUGAUAAUUAACAAAAACCACACCACUAGUAACUAGGAUUUCACAAUUAUAAAAAUAGCACGUGUCGGUUAUAUGAUUUACACAUUUUCCAUGCAAUUUUUUUAAUGGGUUCUAUUCAGAAAUGUCGCAUUGAUAUAAUGAUUACGAGGCAUUUUUACCUCCUUGAAUCGGAGAGUUCUUCUCAGUGCGUGCACUCGAUCACAGUAGUUUAAUCAUUUAUGAUAUCAAGAUGGGCUAGAUUCAAAUCAGACAUGUUUCAUUGCCUUCCUUGCGCAAUCAAUUAAUUAGCCUUCGUUACCCAACAAGUUUUAAUUUGAAUUCUUCUUUACCACCCAUACAAUAGAAUCACUGACGCAAUUUCCGGAAUUAAAUCCAUAGAAUGAAUGGCUUGCACAAAAGCAAAUUUGUUUUAGUGUUUAUAGCAGAAUGCCUCAACACAAUGAGGGGGGAAAUUGAUAUUUUACUUUGCUGUGGUCGUAUCGGUCCAUUGAAUCGUUACAAAAAACGGAGACCGCCAUCCAUUCUAAUAAUGAAAUAGGAAAAUAAGUUUGUUAUUUCUUGGGAUAACACAUAGUAAGGAAAAACCUUCGUCUGUUUUGCUGGGGUAAGACCACUUUGUUUCAGUGUUUUCUUUGAAUCAAUUCUGACCAGAAGAGAGAGGGAUAUCCACUUUAAGAGCGAUGCUUAAAUCUCCAUUAAAUGUUUUCAUAUACCAUUUUGCAAUCAAUUAAGGUUUUCGUUGAAUAAAGCCGAUAAAAUAUUUAAAUAGUAAUUUGCUAACUGUAAAUUCUCUCUACUUCAAUAUAUGGUUUGAGCUGCGGUGGACUAACUAAUGUACCCAAAGGAAAAUGUCUUAUGUUGACGUCAGAAUCGACCUUCCCCCUUUUUACAGGUAAAUCAAGCAAUCUCGUCAAUGAAAGAAGAUAAAAUCUUCGCAACACAGUUAAGUUUGCACAGAAGACAGGGAUUUAUUGCUCUUAAAGAGGUGAUGUUUAAAUCCUCAUUAAUUCAUGUCAUUUUUUUUCGCGAAUACACUUUGACUAGCCCGAGCUGGCAGGAUGCUAGUGACAGCAGGCGUUUUUACGCUUGGGACCGUUUUGGAGAUUUCGCUUGUUUGUCUGACUCUCUACCUGUGUUACUGCAUCGCAAAAAGUUUCUUGGACUCGGAAAGCGGCCCGAAACUCUUGUACAAAGAUUCUCAGCUAAAUGACUACUUAUUGAGCCAGUGUAAACACCUGAAAUAUCCCUUCCGACCAACGGUUUGGGCUCAGAAUGCUCACCUACAGAGUUUUCUAGGUUUCUUUACACAGAAGAACGAUGUAUUAUACGAAAGAGAAUACCUCCAAUUAUUGGACAAGGGGAUUGUUACGCUGGACUGGUGCAGGUGUCAAGACUUCCCGCAAAAACGAACAAGUGCAAUACUUAUUGUUCUAGCGGGACAAGCAGACGAUAAAAAGGGUGUUCGGACAUUGUGUUCAGAGGCUUGUAAAAAGGGCUUCCGGGUGGUUGUAAUUAACCCCAGGGGCCAUGGAAAUAGUUACCUUUCAACUAGCAGAUUUCAAAGUUUCGGAGAUCCGAUAGAUUUGAGACAGUGCGUCAUGUAUAUCAACCGGAAGUUUCCCAAAGCAAAUAUCACCGCCGUUGGAGUCGGUUCCGGUUCCGCUGUACUUUUCUCAUAUCUGGGAGAAUUCGGAUCUUCCACGCGUUUAAAGGCUGCUGUUUUUAUAUCGCCCUUGUAUGAAAUAGACGAAGAGUAUUUAAAAAGUGUCUCGAAAUUUUAUCAAUUUAUUCUACUGUGUGGACUCAAACUGACAUUAUUACGUCAUUCGAAAGCAUUGACAAAAUCGAUCGAUCUUCAGUCGGCAUUUUCUUCUUGGAAUUUACUAGAAUAUGUCGAAAAAGUUUACUGCGACCCUUUAGGAUAUUCCUCCAUGGAAGAUUUUAUUGAGAAAAACAACCCACUGAGGGAUGUGGAUGACAUUGCUAUCCCUGUCCUAUGUAUAAACAGUCAAGACGACCCCGUGUGCCCUCAGGACCACGUUCCUCUAGAUAUCUUUAAUUACUAUCCAAACAUGCUUCUAGUUUCUACCAAACACGGCGGCCAUUGUGGUUUCUGGGAGGGCCUGGUACCUCGAUCUUGGUCGGUCGACCUCUCGUUGGAGUAUUUGUUAACAGUGUUAGAUUUCACUUUGAAUAACAACAGGGAAAUACCUCGAGCAGAUGGUGCAAAAUGACUGUAUUAAUGCAUCAAUGUUAAACGGUUCAAGUUUAAAUGUACCACUUGA